AUGGUUCGACUGGGUGUGAAGAUCAAGAAACGUGGCAAGGUUCCUCAGCGUCGCAAACAAAAGCCAGUACGCAAAUACAAAACCAAAUUUGUGCGUGAUCCCGAGGUGCAGAAAAUUUGGAAUCAUAAUCUCACUACGCGCCAAAACUAUGUCAAUUUGGGUCUACAAGCUAAUCCGAAUGCGCAUGCCGUUUUGCGUGCAAGUAUCGAGAAUGCGGAUGGAACACUAGAAGCCACAGACAAGGAACAGCUCUUUGAUGUGCCUGACAGCGACUUUUUAGGCAACGAACGCAAUCCCAAGCGUGUAGCGAAUUAUGUAUCCGAAGAAGAAGCGAAAUAUUUGCGCAAACUCAUUGAUAAGCACGGCAACGACUACAAAAAAAUGGAGCGUGAUAUCAAGACAAACUGCAUGCAGUGGACAGAGCAAAAGUUGCAACGUCGUUGUGCGCGUCUAGCACUACUCGAUGCUAACAUUCUUAGCAAGUCACAAGGCUAA